UUCUUUUAUAGUUUUGGAAAUCCUCCAGAAUAAAAGAAUACACAUUGCUAUCAGUCUGUGGAGUGGAAUUUCCUCCAAAAACGAGAAAAAAUUGUUAAUUUGCUGUCAUGAUCUACAUUUAACUCGGCGGUAAAAACUAUAGCUUUUUUUUACUUACAUGAAAUUUCAAUUUUAUCCAUUGAGAAAAUAAGCAAAGUUGGUUAUGUAGUUCUUACAGAGAUGCCUAGACUGUCUAGAGGCCACUAGAGGCGUCUAGAUCUUAGAAAGAUGGCCGCGCACAAGUGUUUUUCUUUACAAUAAUAUAUAUCUGUUGGUUAACAGAUUGUUAACAAUCGUUAAGAAUGUUUUUUAAUAGAAAUACUUGAAGAGUUAGUGAAAUAUUUGAUAGUUCGCUGAUCUGUAACUCAAAUUGGUUGACGCUAAUGUAGUGAUAUUACAAACAUGUUUCAACAAUGUUCGUUUGUGUCAACGUUUGCACGACCGGUUGCGACAAAUCUAAUCACACGAUUUGUUUCAAGAGGCGAUGGACUGAGGCGAUGCAUGUCGAAGCUUGAAAAAAACAUCGAGAGUACUUCCUCCAAACCGAGUGUCUUGUCGGAACAGGCGCAGAUCGACGAUGGAAAUCACUUGUUGAAACCGCGACUUAACCUAAAGUCAGGAUUGAUCGUUCGCGAGGAUUAUCUCGAUGACUGUGAUGUGAACCCGCCACAUCCCCUGGACACAUGCACCGAGGACCUGUCAGACAUUGGCCCGCCCCUUACUCCGACUUUUAGCUUUGCCAAGUAUGCGAAUAAGUCGCGUACGAUCCAGGAGCUGGUAAAGCUCGGGGUCAGCCUGUACAAGUUCGAAGCAAAGGAAGGAAUGGUACAGUAUAUCCUGAACCUUGAUUUUGAGCAAAAUGUGAAACCAUAUAUAAGAUUCUUGCAUGACUGUGGAGUACCCGCUGACUAUCUGGGCGAGUUUGUUACGAAGAACCCAGAUAUCUUUAAGCAGGACAUGGAUGAUUUGCAUACGAGGAUAAGAUACCUGCGAGCGCACAAUUUCAGCAUGUCGAUGAUACAGACUAUACUUUGCAAGAAUCCCAACUGGCUCCUGUUUAGCACGAAGGACAUAGACAACAGGCUCAGUUAUUUCCAAAGCAAUUUCAAGCUCAAUGGCAACGAAGUAAGAAUCCUGACAGUCAAGGCACCCAAAGUGGUGACGUACAAGAUGGUACAUCUGUUGGGCAACACAUUCAGUAUCAAAGAGGAGAUGGGUUUCGAACAGAAACAAGUGAAGAGGAUACUUCUAACCAUGCCUAGAAUAUGGAUCAAGAAUCGCGAAAGAUUGGUGAGCACGUUCGAUUAUGCUCAUAAUGAGAUGCAAUUGCAGCGAGACUUUAUCGUGCGGAUGCCGCAUAUUUUACUCUGUAGGAAAACCAGACUUGAACAAAGACAUUUGUUUCUAGUAGAAUUGAAGAAGGCGCAAUACGAUCCUUCCAAACCAAUGUAUGUUUCACCGCGAGCCUUGGUUAGUGGUACAGACGUGGACUUCUGCAGAGACAUCGCAAAUACGUCUAUUGACAUUUACAAUGAAUUUCUCAAAACAUUUUAAUAUUAUAAUAAAUGUUAAUAAAUGGUUAACACACA